AUGCCAUAUGCUGAGGACGGUUACCGGACCGAUAUACCCCAUAGAGAGGUGGAAGAUGACGGUAGUCACAUCAAGACUAGAUCGCGAGUGUCAAUGCGUGAAUAUUAUGCAUACAAAAUUCAGGAAAGAGACAACGGAUUUUCUUUAUUACUAAAUGCUAGAAAACUCAAUCAGCAGUAUAUGGUCGAUGUAUAUACCAUGAUUGAGGCAGAAAGAUUAUCAUACUUUCGUAAGCAGCAGAAAAAAUUUAGAGGUUCUAAGUUAUCUACUAUACAGGAGGCUCUAAAGAAUGGAAAUACAGACGGUUCAAGUGUCGGUAAACGCAUAGUCUUACCAUCAUCUUUUACAGGGAGCCAGCGAUACAUGGUCCAAAACUAUCUAGAUGCAAUGGCUUUGGUUAAAGCCUUUGGGUAUCCUGAUCUGUUUUUGACAUUUACAUGUAGCCCAAAAUGGCCUGAAAUUCAAAGGUAUCUUAAAAACACUAAGCUAAAACCAGAAGACAAGGCGACAUGUAUCGCAAGGAUGUUCAAAAUUAAGCUCGAGCAGUUUAUCAAAGACAUACAUAAGGAACAUAUUUUUGGCCAAACACAAGCAAUUGUAUACACCGUCGAAUUCCAGAAACGAGGACUUCCCCACAGUCAUAUAUGUAUUUUCCUGGAACAACAAUGCAAAUUACCAACUGCAGAAGACAUUCAUAAGGUAAUUUGCGCAGAGCUGCCUGAUGAAAAGGAAGACCCUAAGUUGUUCCGCCUGGUGACUCAGUUCAUGAUGCAUGGUCCUUGUGGCAAAUCUAACAAAAAGGCUCCAUGCACAGUUAAAGGAAAUUGCACCAAACACUUCCCGAAAGAUUACAACGAUAAAACAAAGAUUGAUGACGAUGGUUUCCCAAUUUACAGAAGACGGAAAGACGGGAGAGAAUGCAUCAAAGGAAAAAUACCUUUGGACAAUCGAUAUGUUGUUCCUUACAACCCUUUUCUAUUGAAGAGAUACGAGGCACACAUAAAUAUAGAGUGGUGUAACCAAAUUGGAUCUAUAAAAUAUCUGUUUAAAUACAUCACCAAAGGAAAUGAUAGGGCUACCCUUGCCGUCACCACAGGAGAUGUCGAUGAGAUAGACUACUACUAUGACUGUCGGUACAUAUCUGCAUGUGAUUCUGUAUGUAGAAUUUUUGCUUUCGAUAUUCAUUACCGAAAGCCAGCUGUUAUGAGACUUCCUUAUCAUUGUGAGGGAGAACAGAGUGUUACAUGGGAUGAAGAAGUUGCCCUUGAUGAAGUAGCAACUAAACCGUCAGUGAAUGUAUCAAUAUUUUUGGGUUGGUUUGAAUGCAACAAAAGAUAUGAUCUUGCCCGUACACUGUCAUAUGUUCAGCUACCUGAACAUUUUGUAUGGGAUGCUCAAAAAUACAAAUGGAAACCAAGAUCAGGGCCUAAGAGUAUUGGGAGACUACAUCAUUGUUCACUAUCAGCAGGCCCUCUUUAUUACCUGAAAAUUCUCUUAAACAAGGUCAAGGGACCAGAAAGUUAUAAAGAUAUAAAAACGGUUAAUGGCAAGUACCACGAAGAGUACAAAGAUGCUUGCUAUGCUCUUGGAUUACUCGAUGAUGAUAGGGUGCUAUUAAAGAAGCAAGUCAGUAUGCAUCGGGAACAUAUCUCAGAACUUUAUUCGCUACCAUGA